AACAUAUGGCCUUUAAAAGCAAAAUGCAGCUGUCACUCCCGAAUUCCUUCCUCCAUAAUUGCUAAUGUGAUGUUUUGAUUAGCAUGUUUGCUAUCGUCGCUAACCUCAAUAGCCUGUUCAUCAAAGCUUCAAAGUCAAGUUCUGGAUAGGUUAGCCAUCCCAACUAAAAUAGUGUGAAAACAUGCCGUAACGUUACAAAGUAGAUAUACUAGCACAUAUCAAACAUAUCGGUCGUAUAACACAAUACUAACGUUUUUUUCAUCGCCGCUUGUAAUUUAUGUACUAGCUACUUUUCAGAGCAGCUAGCUUCCAAACAGCGGUAGAGCUGACCAAUGUAACGUUAUGAACUGCCGUUAUGCAAAGCUGCGUCCAAUACAGCACAGCAGCAGCUCCCAUGUUAUACGUAGCUAAUAUAGAUGUUACUGGAAUUUUGAAAGUUGUGAAUGAUCAACAUGCUCACUAACCCAGAGUUUUAUUUACGUUAGCUAGCUAACAGUUAGCUACUUGACGGGUGCGUUCGUAAAUUCGCUCUGGAGUGUCUGACUCAGCCAGGGUGAAUUUACGAACGCAGCCUUAUUUAGCAUGCCGUGUUAAUCUUGUUGGGGAGCUAGCUAGCGCUCUUGCGCGUGGCAAAAUGUUUGCAAAGUGAGAGAUUCGAGUUUUACACGGGAGUGAUGGCGGCAACGGACUGCUACAUCGUUCACGAGAUCUACAACGGGGAGAAUGCGCAGGACCAGUUUGAGUAUGAGCUGGAGCAGGCACUGGAGGCCCAGUACAAGUACAUUGUGAUCGAGCCCACACGCAUUGGCGACGAGACGGCCCGCUGGAUCGCCGUGGGCAACUGCCUGCACAAGACGGCCGUCCUGUCGGGCACCGCCUGCCUCCUGACGCCGCUCUCGCUGCCGCCUGAGUACUCGCGCUACGUGGCACUGCCCGCUGGUGCCCUCAGCGUGGCCUGCUCCGCCCUCUACGGAAUCUCCUGGCAGUUCGAUCCCUGCUGCAAGUACCAGGUGGAGUACGAUAGCCAAAAACUCUCGCGGCUGCCCCUGCACACACUCACCUCCUCCACGCCAGUGGUUCUGGUGCGCAGGGACGACAUCCACAGAAAGAGACUCCACAACACGAUAGCGCUGGCCGCCCUGGCCUACUGCGCCAAGAAGAUCUACGAACUCUAUGUGGUAUGAGCAUACUCUGAAGAGGGUUAAACAAAUAAAAUAAAAAAUAAAAUGUAAAAAAAUAUAGCGGGAAAAGAAAGAAUCCACCCAGUAGUAGGCCAAGUGGAAGCUGAGUCGAGGGUUUGCCCCUAACCCCCUCCACCCCACCUCACUUGCGCGGGCGCUUACUUUUGGGCUGUUUGAUGGAUCAGAGGGAUAUAGUUCAAACUAGAAGGAAUUAUUUUUCCCUUAUUUUCUUUACUUGUAAGUGACAUCACCAGUGCACUUAUCCAUAUGGUACCCUUGCGCCUCUUCCCAAUCCCUGUACCCCUCUCAAUACACUAAGUUAGGGCACAAGGGUAGCUAAGUAAAAAGAUUUAGACUGAAUUGUGUUGCAGUUGAAACGGACAGGCUUAAGUAUUACCAACAUGUCUAUUCCUUGUAGUUUUACUGUACCCCUUUCUUGCUGAUCAGUAUGUCACCCUUUCAUUAAACAUUAGGAUAUUUCAAACUCUCA